UCGCCGGCGCCGAUCGAGGAGGUGCCCGGCCCGGGGCGCAGGAGCUGCACGGCGGCCGCGGAGCCCUCGCCUCGCCCCCACCAAGCCCCGCGCCCGCGCUGCCCUCGCUCGCCUCGCCCUGCGCCCGGGAAAGGCGGGGAAGGAGGGGGACGAACCCGGAGAGAGGAAGGAGGGGGCGGGGAGGCGGGAGCCAGUGUCUCCCCCGCGGCGCUCGCCCCUCGCUCUGCAGCCCCGCCGCGGGGCGGGACGUUCGGGGACUUCUGCCCAACUUUGGCCCCCUUUUUUGCCGAACCCUAAAAUGAAAGGACGAAAGUGGGCGCCGACUCCUGCAACUCGGACGGCGACUUGCGCCUGUGCAGCGGCGUCUCCCGGAGAAGAAGCCAUGCGCGCCUGAUCGCACUGUGGUCCCAGAGCUGCAGUGGGGGUGUGUGUGUGUCUGUGCGUGUGCUUGGGUGUGCUGUCUGUGUGUGAACACAGACGUCCGCACACUCGCGGCCGCAGGACCAGCGCCUGGAAAGCAGACGUUCCGGCCCGCAGGAGAUCGGGAGGCGUGAGCCGCGGGGAGUCUGGAGAAGCCGUGGUGCGAACGAACUGGGGGCACCUGGGCUCGCGACUCGCCCCCGCCCCGCCCCGGGCCAGAGCUGAGUAGUGGGGCAUUUUUUUUUUCACCCUCUUGUGAAGAAUUUUUUUUUUAUUAUUUGUUGUAAAGUCUUUUGCACAAUCACGCCCACAUUUGGGGUUGGAAAGCCCUAAUUACCGCCGUCGCUGAUGGACGUUGGAGAGGGAGCGCCUCGCCGCGGAGCAGUCGCCUGCGCGUCCUCGCCGGACCCACGGCUCUUUGCGUGCGCGCCGGUGGGGCCCGGUCUUUGCUGCCGGCCGGCGGGCUUCGGCGCCCCCUCGACUCCCGGGCGCAUCCCGGCGCCGCUCCGGCUCGGGCCCAGUGACCGCGGCCCGGAUUCCCUGCGCCUGCCCGCCGCGCCCUGGAGGAACCCGCCGCUCCGAGCCGCGUAGUCCCCGCAGGCUUAACCCGGCCGCCCCGCUCGGAUUCCUCGGCUGCCCUCGCCCCGGUGGCGGCCUCCUCCCCGCGCCCCCUCCCCCUCGCCAUGGAGAAGUCGAUUGGAAUAUUACGCCCAGGAGUUGCUUUGCGGACGGCUGGAAGUGCAAUGUCUCCCAAGUUCUUUCUCAUGGCCUUGGCCAUAUUUUACUCCUUCGCCCAGGUUGUAAUAGAAGCCAAUUCUUGGUGGUCGCUAGGGAUGAAUAACCCUGUUCAGAUGUCAGAAGUAUAUAUCAUAGGAGCACAGCCUCUGUGCAGCCAACUGGCAGGACUUUCUCAAGGACAGAAGAAACUCUGCCACUUGUAUCAGGACCACAUGCAGUAUAUCGGGGAAGGCGCGAAGACAGGCAUCAAGGAGUGUCAGUACCAGUUCCGGCACCGCAGGUGGAACUGCAGCACCGUGGAUAAUACCUCCGUCUUUGGCAGGGUCAUGCAGAUAGGCAGCCGCGAGACGGCCUUCACGUACGCGGUGAGCGCCGCGGGGGUGGUCAACGCCAUGAGCCGCGCCUGCCGCGAGGGCGAGCUGUCCACCUGCGGCUGCAGCCGCGCCGCGCGCCCCAAGGACCUGCCGCGCGACUGGCUGUGGGGCGGCUGCGGCGACAACAUCGACUACGGCUACCGCUUCGCCAAGGAGUUCGUGGACGCGCGCGAGCGCGAGCGCAUCCACGCCAAGGGCUCGUACGAGAGCGCGCGCAUCCUCAUGAACCUGCACAACAACGAGGCCGGCCGCCGGACGGUGUACAACCUGGCGGACGUGGCCUGCAAGUGCCACGGGGUGUCCGGCUCGUGCAGCCUCAAGACGUGCUGGCUGCAGCUGGCCGACUUCCGCAAGGUGGGCGACGCCCUGAAGGAGAAGUAUGACAGCGCGGCGGCCAUGCGGCUCAACAGCCGGGGCAAGCUGGUGCAGGUUAACAGCCGCUUCAACUCGCCCACCACGCAGGACCUGGUCUACAUUGACCCCAGCCCUGACUAUUGCGUGCGCAACGAGAGCACCGGCUCGCUGGGCACGCAGGGCCGCCUGUGCAACAAGACGUCCGAGGGCAUGGACGGCUGCGAGCUCAUGUGCUGCGGCCGCGGCUACGACCAGUUCAAGACCGUGCAGACCGAGCGCUGCCACUGCAAGUUCCACUGGUGCUGCUACGUCAAGUGCAGGAAGUGCACGGCGGUCGUGGACCAGUUCGUGUGCAAAUAGCAGGCGCCUGCCUGCCACCCAGCCCCACUCCCAGGACCCACUUAUUUAUAGAAAAUACAGUGAUUCUGGUUGGUUUUUUUUUUUUUUUUUAAUAUUUUGGUUUUCCCCAAGAAUU